CGUCACGGCGUGAGGGCGGCGCUGCCCGUGGCCGAGGGUGCCGGGCCAUGGCCUCGUCCGUGGUGCGCGCCACGGUGCGCGCCGUCAGCAAGCGCAGGAUCCAGGCGACCCGCGCCGCUCUCACGCUGACCCCUUCUGCUGUCCAGAAGAUAAAAGAGCUUCUGAAAGAUAAACCUGACCAUGUAGGUGUGAAAGUAGGUGUUCGUACAAGGGGAUGCAAUGGACUUUCUUACACAUUAGAAUAUACAAAAUCAAAAGGAGACUCUGAUGAAGAAGUAGUUCAAGAUGGGGUUAGAGUGUUUAUUGAAAAGAAGGCACAGCUGACACUUCUGGGAACUGAAAUGGACUAUGUAGAAGACAAACUGUCCAGUGAAUUUGUCUUCAAUAAUCCAAACAUCAAAGGAACGUGUGGCUGUGGAGAAAGCUUUAACAUCUGAAAUCUCAGGACUACUUUGACUUUUGAGCAGCCCAAAACACUUACUAUUACAACUUCCAGAAGCAUAUGCAUUUCCUUCAGGUUUGUAGGCUGCAUAAAGUGGGGAUACUAUUAAUAAAAAUAAAUAAUUUGAAAAUAUAGGCUGUGUGUUAAAUUCCACCACUGAUGUAGUUAUGCUGUAAUUUUUGAUGAGUUGCGAUUUAAAAGGUAAGAACAGUAAGUACUGCAGUAACACCUCUGUAUUUCCACUUGCUAAGGAAAUUAAAUUCACUGUUCUUUUCCUCGGUCAUUUUCUUUGUCAAUCCUACUCAUACUUCCCCAUUUAAAACCAUUUGAAAGAAUACAUUUUGUUCUGCUUUGAUUUGGGGAAAACAAACAAAUCAAUGGAAAAAAAUUGCAGCCAUUUCUGUGUGAGUAUUUAGAAAGAUUUAUACAUACAAGCUAACAGUCCUUGCUUACUUUGUAAUUUUCCAGUGCUUUCAUCUUUUUACAAGUGCAUUUUCCAGUGGUUUAGUUUCUCUUAAAUUCAGGGAAAUAAAAAUGUUCAUAUAUUAAUGUAAUGGUAGUCUGUGGUAGUGCCUGUUGUAGAAAUGCUUUAAAGAGGGCUAGCCUGAUUUUAAUUCUCUUCAUUCUUUGUUGAAGUCAUUUUCAAAGCGUGAAGUAUCUGGGCACUGGAGGGCUAAGAAGUUAUACACAGGCCUUGUUUUCACAUUUCAGUUUUUUAUCUUGCCUCAAUUAAUUUGCAAGGGUGGUAAAACUGCUUCCACAUUUUCAUUUCCCAUGUUCACAGAAUGUGCUGUGUUUGCACCAAAAUCUAUGAAAACUUUUAUUGGGAGACAAAUCUCAAAUUUCUCAUUACUUUUUUUUUUAUAAGCAUGCAUGCUACUAAUUUUGUUAGACUUUGAACUCUUUUUCAUAAGUCCCUAGGUAGUCUCCUCUGUUUAACUUCUGUCUUGGAUUUAGCUUGGUAACAGGAGAAAAAGCAUUUUUAAUUAGAAAAAACGUUAUUACUUUUAAAUUAAUCUAGUCAGUAAUUAAAAUACAGUAAAAGGCCAUUUUUUCUUUGGAAUUUACUUUAUCACAGUCUUCAGCAGUUCUUUAUUGGUGCUGAGGCAGAAGUGUAAAUGUCUUUGCAGACCUUUCUAAAACCUGGUAUGAGAGAGGAACUGUUCCACCCUUUUAUCUCCUGAUUAUCCAGAGAUUACAUUGUGCAGCUCAAAUGCUCACUUGUGCAGAAAAGGUCACAUGUCUGCUUGAGUAACAAGCAGGUGAAACAGCUGGUCAAAGUGGUGCAAAUAGAAGGUAGAGGGACAGCAGGAGUCCUGCAGGUAUUGAGAUGGGAGUGAUCUGAGAGCAUUAAUGCUGCAUGUUGAAAAUCCAGAGGUCAUCUUGAUGUGGACAGUUGUACCCACAUGCCUGUCAUCAGCUGCUGUAGAUAGAGAAUUGCACCUGCAUUUUUGUUCUUCCCCCUGCACCUUUUCCCAAGGCAAAGGGAAGAAUAAAAAUGAAAAAAUAAAAAAAGAUGUUUCAUCUGCUUUAUGUAGUGCACAGGAACAGAAGGUCAGAAUUACUUACAGUCUAAUAGUAAAUACUUGAAUUUUGGUUGUAUAUCACCUUUUGAUGUAAAGACACUAUUUCCUUCAACAGUCAACUGUUGCACUUAGUUACUUUAUAUAGUGAUUCAAGAAUUAGUGGUAAUACACUGGUGAAGUGCUUUUAGAGUGGUGUAACUCUUUCACUCUUGCCAAACAAAAACGUGGAGUUCAUGUGACACACUUGCAUUAAAUCUAAAACUCCAAGCUAAGGGUAUUUCUUCAGAUUGCAUUUCUCUGCUUCUUGCUAGAGAUAAGACUUGGAAUGUGGUAACACUGGUGGUUGCUAAGAGUGCUGGUACUUACUCAUUUAACUUGUUUUAGUGUGGAGGGAAUUGGUUUGAAGUUUAUUACAUACCUGUGGCAUGUAUAGCGAUCCUUUUUGUGUGUUUGUGUAUGCCUUGAAUGAAAGUUUGCACUUUUGUACUCCCAUGAAGUAAUCAUCUUAAGUUGUCACCUUACUAAGACAACUAAUGCACAAUGUGUUAAACUUCUACUAAAGUGCUAUUUACAGUUGCAUACAAACUAUAGUUUUGUCGAUUGGUCUAUGAUAAUUUUGUGCAACAAUGUAUGUAGAUUCCUCAAUUAUAAUAAUAAAUAUAGCCUAUUGGUAA